CUGCAGUAGCUGCGCUGAUGCUGGACAUGCGCGGAUGGGCUGGAAAAAUGGCGGCGAGCUCCAAUGGAAGCGAAGAAAAGCGCUGAGAUUUGAGGCAGUAAACGGAUGGAAUUGUUUUAGCAGUUUCCAGACUGUUCCAUUACCACGGGCUGCAGUGCUUAAUGUCAACAUGGGAAAAAUACCUCAGAGAGACCAUAAAGAAGGCAAACGGGAGAAAGGGGUUAGCUGUGAUCCACCAGCCCCCCUACAGAUGUCUUACAAUGAGCCAUUCAGGUGGGAAGCUUAUUUAACGGAGACUUCCUCCAUGCCAGCAUCUCCCAGCUGCUUCAGACAGUCCAGGAUUCCCCCUAUCAAUAGUUUCAAAGUGGGUAUGAAAGUUGAAGCGCAUGACCCAAGGAACUCCAACUCCAUGUGUAUUGCCACUGUCAUGGGUAUUAUUGGGGUGCGUCUUCGUCUGCGCUUGGAUGGCAGUGACAACACCAAUGACUUCUGGCGAUUGGUAGAUUCCUCUGACAUUCAGCCUGUGGGCAUGUGUGAAAAGAGCGGGGACAUGCUGCAGCCACCACUCGGUUUCAGGAUGAAUGCCUCCUCAUGGCCCAUGUUCCUGUUAAGAACAUUAAGCGGAGCCGAGGUAGCUCCGGCCUCAGCCUUUAAAAAGGAGCCACCCAGGCCUUUGCACAACCACUUCAAAUCAGGUAUGAAGCUGGAAGCGGUGGAUAAAAAGAACCCCUACCUCAUCUGCCCCGCCACUGUUGGCGAGGUUCGCGGAGACGAGAUUUUCAUCAUGUUCGACGGCUGGCGAGGAGCCUUCGACUACUGGUGCAAAUACGACUCCAGGGAUAUCUUCCCCGUGGGCUGGUGCCAACUGACACAUCACAGCUUGCAGCCCCCUGGAAGCAGCUUCACUCUUCCCAAGAGCCUGAUUCCGGCUGUUUCCCCGUCCGGAUUAUCCCGCCGCUCCAUGCAGUCUCCAUACAGGCUGCCGCACCCGCUGCCCCCUCUGCCCGUACGGAAGGGGGUGAGGGGCCGGCGGCCCAAGAGCGAGACUCUCGCCAUGCUGAAAGCCGUGGCUGAGGCGGCAGCCGCUUCGCAGAACGGCCAAUCGGAAAACAUCAUGGAUAAGAGCAUGGAUCCCACACAGCUAAUGCCCAGAAUUCACAAAAAGAGAGGGCCCAAACCCGGCAGCAAGAGAAAAUCCAAAAUUCUUCAGUCGCUUCCCAGUCCAUCUCUAUCUUCCUCUAUGUCAGACAGCAGGCUGUCCAGCCUACAGAUGACCAAAGACUCUGGAGUUCUGUCUACAGUUUGUGUCUACGUGAAUAAACACGGUGACUGCGGCCCACACCUGGACCGUAAGCUGAUGCUUCAGCUUCCGGACCAUUUUGGGCCAGGCCCGGUCAACACCGUCCUCCAGCACGCUGUCCAGGCUUGUGUGGACUGUGCCUACCAGCCCAAAUCUCUCUUCAGCUUCUUACAGUCGCAGUCAGAUGGUGGCGAGAUCAUCCGAGUUCGCUCAGAAGGAGGGAUUCACUAUGUUAAGUUGCCUCGUGCCUCCAGUGCUUCUUUUGUGCUGCGGUUCCUGGAGACUCUAUGCCACCACCUGCAGUGUGAAAACCUUUUCAGCAGCCAGCCUUUCAGUCCACUCACCACCGCCAACAAACACAACGCCUACGACAGGAGCAAGUCAGUGAAAGAAGAGACAUCAGAGGCCUUAUCCAUAGCACGGACCAGCAGACGCUUCACCAGAGACUCCUCCACAUACAGUAGCACCCCGAUGUCCCCCAACCCACAGAGAACGGACACACACCCGGUAGAAGAACCUCUUCCCCACGCUGAAAACGGUGUUACAACAGACCAGCACUUCACUGAGGAGCCCAUGGACAUCAGCUCUGCGCCGCCUCGUCCUCCUGCCAUACGAAACACGCCCGAGUACCGCAGUCCGUCCGGCAGCAGCCCGCACUACAACUCCCAGCCACCCCCUCUCCGCCGCAUCAGCUCAAACCCGGCCGAGCUGGCAGCUACACGCACACACAGACGAGUGGAAGGUACGCUAUCUGCCAGUUCUACCACUGGUCCAGAUCAUCAGACGACUGAACGAGACGUGUCCAAUAAAUGCCCAUCCUCCUGGACCAUAGAGGAAGUGAUGCAGUUUGUGCGUGACGCUGACCCUCAGGCUUUAGCUCCUCAUGCUGAGCUCUUCAGGAAGCAUGAAAUCGAUGGCAAAGCCUUGAUGCUUUUGCGGAGCGACAUGAUAAUGAAGUACAUGGGGCUGAAGUUGGGCCCUGCUCUCAAACUCUGCCAUCACAUCGAGAAACUCAAACAGAGCAAACAGUAGCUGGCUCUUCCUCAGCACAGCAUGUACACACAAACUCCAGCAGGGGGCAGCAGAGUGCAUCCAGCAUCAGGUGCUCUGGAAGUCAUCAUUUGGAGAAGGACCAGGAAGAGACAAGGAACGGAUUUGGAUGGGAGUGGAUUAGCCAAACACACCAUCAAUCGGACUGAAUUUACUGCAGUUAAAUUUGAAAUUGUUGUAGCAGGAUGCAGAGAUCUUUAGAGAUCAGGGCGGCAGAAGGAUGUCUGGACUCAGAUGCUGGUUGGAAGCCGCCAAUAAUAACCUCAGCACAUCCUUUUCAUGAGAAGGACAGACACAAAGGCAGCAAUUCAUAGUAACAGUGGACUAAGCUGAAUCCCAAAGGGUUUCUGUGUCUUGCGUUAAAGCAUAGUGUUCUUAUACUGUUUAUAUAAACCACAAAGACAGAACUGUGCUCUCUGAUAAUAGAGACUUACCCUGCGUUUACACUGACAGGUGACAGGUCGCUAACAUCUCUCCCUGAGGAUGUCUCUUUUGUGUGUGUUCAAGGCCAUUCAGUUACCUAGAAAGCUACCUAUUUAGCUAUCCUUCUUCAUUUAACCAUGCUUAAUUUUUAUUUGGAUUUGUCUUAAAUAUGUGCAGAAUCAUGUGUUUAGAACAACACUGUUAAGAAUAUGUACAAAAUGCUGCCAGGAUCUAGAGAUAGAUCGAUUAGUGUUUUGGUGCUGUCUUUCAGAUGGAUUGGCCAAUACCAAUCGAGGGUGGAGCUAGACACUACAUUAACUGUUCCAGGUAAACUUUAGGAAAUGCAUUGUCAUGCAGGGAUUCUGAGUGCUGCUGUACUUGCUACUCACUGUUUGGGCCUAAAGAUACACUCUCGAGAGGGAUAUCCUGUUAGUGCUGUUGAAAGUCUUUAUUCUCUUUUCUUUGUGCCAGACCAACAGAAGAGAGGCGAGACAAACUAAGCUGAGCCUGCACAGUGAGAAGAAGUAAAGCCCUGGCACCGUAGUUCCAUUUGUCCAUUAAACAAGGAAAACUUUCGCUUUCUGCUUUUCCGUACAAUCAGCCUCACAAACCUUAACCCCCAAAUAUGAUCUUAUCGGCUUAGAGAAUUAUCUGCCGAUUGCAUGUUUUGGCUGGAAAUUGGAGGAUACUGAUACGCAGCUGAUGAAACUUUCCAUCUCUAGUAGGAAUCAAAAGUGCAGAGAGCAGAACCAUUUUGUUUACAGCUUCUCUACAAAUUGUAUACUCCCAUAGCAAAUGACUGGUUGCUUGAUGUUCUGUUGCCUGCUAAUGUGAACACAAGGUUAUGGUGCUUUUAUUCUACCUUUCUGGAUCUUUUCAGUUUGGACCAAACCAAACUAGAUGGUGUGAAAGGUGCUGUGAACUACAGUCAGUAUAAAAGGACCACAAUUUGGUCCGACCAAAAGAGGUGGUCUCAGUUCGGAUCAAUUCAACACUAGCCUGCACACGUCUGCAAACUGGAAAAGACUGUUGGAACUGUCAGUAAUAACUUCGUAUCUCAUGCUGUAUAUUUCAGUGGGAUCCCUGUUAAACGUUUAGUUCUGGAUAAUGCUGCCAAUAUGUGAAACCAUGGGAAAAAACGGAACUACUGGAACAAGUGGAAACUCAAUUUUUAUGUACUAUCUAUUAUUACAGCUAUAAUGGUGCACCAUUUUUGUACACGCCAUAAACCAAAAAAAAAACAACGAUUUUUCUACACAAGGCAGCUCUCCACUUCUUUCAGAUCACAUAUUCUUGACCACAGACACAUGUUGAAUCCUUAGCCUUGACUCAGCAGCUGCAGAAUGCUGAAAAAAAUGUAUAUUAUUAUUAUUUAUUGCGAAAACUGUAAUUUACUCAGGAUGUAUUUUUUUUCGCUUUGCAUUUAUUAGCCACCCAAAUCAUGUUAUCCUUCCUUCAUCACUCAUAAAAAUUAUUUUAUAUCUUUUAUUUCAGAAACAAAGUGAAAAAGGACAUAUCUGAAUACCCCAGCAUGUAAUGGGUGAGGAGGUCUACCCUUGAAAGAUACCAUUGUUUCUAAAAUAAAAGAGUGUCCUCCAUCUUUUGACUACAUUUGUCCAAACACAAAUCUGUACAAUCCUAUAUCCUGUUUACACAGAUUAAAGUUCUGAAGGAAAUCAGGAGAGUUAGAUGUCACAGAGACACCAAAAACUUCUCUGCAGACAACUCCAUAUGAAGUUAAGUUCAUACUAAAGCAGCAGUUUUUUUUCUUUAAAUUAAAAGCAGUAGUAUUGCUGAGUUGGCAGAUGAUAAAGUAUUGGAAUUAAUGGUUUCAGUAUCCUGAAAAACAUCCCUGCAACAUCUACUAUAUACUAAAAAACUGGUAGGUUUGAUUUAAUUAAUGUAAUUUCUCGCUACAUUUAAUUUCCCAAAUCCGUAAAAUGUUGGGACUGUCGCUUUUAGUACUAUACAGGAUCCUUACUAUUAAGGAUAAACAGUUUUGCUGCUAGCCUGGGGUCACUCUGGGUUGGAAACUACACACAUUUUCUAUUAGGUUGCCAAAUAAACUGUCUACUAGUUGCUGCAUUACACUGAUUGGCCACUUCUUUAAACCACCUUUUUGUUUGACAAGUAUUCAGCUCUGGAAAAUUAUUUUUUUUCUAGAGCUGAAUAUAGCUGCUCCACUUUGUAGAUGUAAAGUCGAAUACAGAAUCUCUGUUUCUGUUGCUGCACAGUUUGUGUUGGUCAUCCACUAGUACUUCAUCAGUGACCACAGGACACUCCCUGCCUGCAGGACACUGCUGAUAAAAUGGACAAUGGACUAGGAGGUGGUAUUAAUGUAGUGACCAGUUGGUGUGUAUAUAUUUUUGCAAACUCUUUUCAUGAUUCCAAAUCCUUCAUAUGUUUUCCAUGUUGAGCCAUGAUACAGAUAAGGUUCCAUAAUUCAGUGUUAAAUCAUUUAUUUAAUGCAUAGAAUUCACUCAUUUGUAUAAACACACAAUUGUCUUGAUUUGUUUUUGAUAAUCCAUUUUUUAUAUUUAUAUUUUGUAUUUGUAUGUCGUUAGUUUGACCUGCCAAGUCCUUAAGACUUCCUUACGUUACUGUGACUCAGGUUGAAGUAGCUUUCAUUUAAUGGAGCAAUUUUCAACAGUAGCAUAAAAAUGAACAUCUCAAGAUAUUUUGCUUUCAUUUCAAUAGAACAAAACUGUUCCCCCUCCCAAAAAUGCUCUAAUAUGUACUUGAAAACAAUGUUUGUUACGGUUGACCUCAUUGGAAAUGACUGCCAUUACCAAUACACGUGUUUUUAAUAAAAUCUUAAAAUGA